AGAAAAAAAAAACUCAGCUCCUGCACAAGCAAGUUUCUCACUUUCAUCAUCUAUGAUCUAUCUAUCUGUCAUCAAACCUGAUAAUCGCAUCAGUACAAGAGAAAGAAGAGAUCAUCACAGACCCAGAUUCUUCCAUUGAUUCAAGACUCAAACAUGUCAAUCUAUAGGCGUUCCAGCUUGCUUCAUUGUCGAGUACAUGUCCGGCGAUCUCGAUCUACACUUUAACGGAAUUUAUUUGUGAUUACAUGAUCAAUUCUCUCCUUGAUCUGUCAUAUUUUCGAAUGUCUGGGAGCAGAAAUUGUUUUGGAUGUUGUUCUAAAGCCCCACUGAUAAUCUCAGUAGAUGAACAACCAUCCAAGGAAAUAAAAGUUGGAGGACAAAAAGGGAAGAAAACUAGCAUGUCCAUGGAUUUUAGCACAAGCACAUAUGACAUAGACAAUAGUGUGCCCCAGUCCCAGAGAAGCAUGUCAUUUAUCGGUACAUCAAAUCCACUACCAGAUCUCCACACAACUACUGGUUGCACGAGUACUACGGAAUUUGUAAAUCAUGGUCUUUCUCUUUGGAACCAAACAAGGAAGCAGUGGGUCGGAAAAAAAGGCUCUCAUAACCGUAAAGGAGCUAAACACAAAUUAAGUCUUAACACAUCUUAUGAGAGUUUACUUGGGACAAACAAACAGUUUCCCAAUCCAAUCCCACUUCCACAAAUGAUUGAUUUUCUGGUUGGUGUCUGGGAAAAAGAAGGAUUAUAUGAUUGAUAUGCCAAUAAUAAGUUUAUGAUUAUUUUUUUCCAAUUUUAAAAAAAAAAUUGAAAUGAUUUUUCAUUAUUUUCAGCUAUCGUUUCCAAUUGUUUAUCUAAUGUAAUAUAUACUGAAGCAAUUGUUUAUGAAGUAUUAAUAUCCUUCUAUUCAAGUUGAUCGGACAGAUUGGAUAUAAAGUUGGUUGAUCGGUUUAUUU